AUGUGCAAGAAGCAAUGCAGGGAUGAGAAUGCAUUUAAGCAGCAUAAACUGUCCUCAUUUCAUUAGCAAAGAAUGUUUGAAUUUCAUCAGAAUCCUGAAGUCUUUCUAGAGAAGUAUUCUGAAGAAUUUGAUUAACAGUUUAAUGAGGUCUUUAAGAUUAAAUUUGGGAGUGCCAGUGCUGUCCCUGCAACUAAAGCUUAUAAUGAAUAUAUCAAAGAUCCUCAUCAUACUCAUUUGAAUUCAACUAAGUGGGCGAAUUUAGCUGAAUAUAGUAAUUACUUGGGAGAGACAGGUAGGUACGAAGUAACAAAGGAAAGAGUUGGAGACAGUGAUUAAAUUAUGAUUAAGUUGAUUGAUAUUGAUGAGGGAAAGCAAGGAUAAUUAACUGACUGA